AUGGUGAUGGUACAUCUUCUUCGGGGCUAUAAUUCCAAGCAUCCACAAACUUGGGAUGAGAGUUUGCCAUCUCUCCAGUUUGCAUUCAAUCGGGCGAUUCACAGUUCCACUCAGAAAGAACCUUUAGAGGUAUGGGCUAUUUACCGCGGAGUCCCUUUGACCUGUUUGGUGAUGAGCCGGAAAGAAGAGGGGGAGGUCAUAAGCGUCUAUACCGUCAAAUCUCUUUUCGACGGAAUGAACAUAUCUGGUAGAAUCGUAACCAUAGAAUACGACCCUAAUCAAAAUGCAUACAUUUGUCUAAUACACUAUGGGGAUG